AUGUCUGACAAGCGCGUAGACCCAGCGACAGGAGAGGCAGUCACGUACAACGAGCUGGUGGCCACAUACAAGAAGACCUACAAGAGGCGCGAAAUUGAGGAGUAUUGGGAGGCUUGCAAGCCAGCAAGGGCUAAGAAGUCGAAGGCAGCACCUGCUAAGGAGUCCAAGCCCUCAGCUAAGGCGAAGUCCAAGCCGGACCCCAAGGCAAAGGCGAAGGAUGGCAAGAAGGACGAGAAGCCUAAGCCCAAGGCAAAGGCCGCCCCCACCAAGCCAGAGACCAAGACAGAUGACAAGGUCCGCACUGGCAAGGAUGGAGGUGCCUCAGCUUUGGCCAAGUUGCGCUCGUUCAGCGGCUGCGUUUUGGCCGAGUAUGUUUGGUUGGAUGCCGAUGGCGUGACACGGUCCAAGACCAUGACCAUGACCGCCAGGCCUUUGAAGGUGACCGACCUGAAAGUGUGGAACUACGAUGGCAGCAGCACUGGACAGGCAGAUGGACACAAUUCGGAGGUACUUUUGAAGCCAAGGGCGAUCUUCAACGAUCCUUUCCGUGGCUAUCCAAAUGUGAUGGUGCUUGCUGAUGCUUGGAACGCCUGGGAUGAUCAGCCGGCAAAGAACAACACUCGAGCCCCGUGUGCCGAGAUCAUGGACAGGUACCGCUCCUUGGACCCUUGGUUCGGCAUCGAGCAGGAGUACACCCUGAUGAAACCGGGCAAGGUUGGCUUGAAGCCCACAGUUCCCUUGGGUUUCAACGCAGAUGGCAGUGAACCAGCGCCACAAGGGCCGUACUACACAGGUGCUGGCUUCAAUGUGGCCAUCGGCCGUCCGGUGGCAGAUGAGCACUACAAGUUGUGCAUGGAGGCAGGUGUGAAGAUCUCAGGCAUCAAUGCAGAAGUGAUGCCUGGCCAGUGGGAGUUCCAGAUUGGCCCAUGCCGUGGCAUUGAGAUGGGAGAUCACCUGACGAUGGCUCGAUACAUCAUGCUGCGCGUGACAGAGAAGCACGACUGCGUUUGCUCUUUUGAGCCCAAGCCAGCAAAGGGUGACUGGAACGGUGCCGGAUGCCACACCAACUUCUCUGUCACACCUAUGCGAGUUGCGGGUGGCUAUGACACCAUCAUCAAGGUGUGCGAAGCAUUUGGCAAGGUCGCCAAGGAACACAUUGCCGAGUACGGGGAGGACAAUGACAAGCGUCUCACUGGCAAGCAUGAGACCUGUGACAUCAACACUUUCAAGUAUGGCGUCGCCAACCGCGGGGCCUCGAUCCGCAUUCCGCGGGAUGCGGAGAAGAGUGGCCGUGGAUACAUGGAGGACCGACGGCCUGCAGCCAACUGCGACCCCUACAGGGUGACCAACAUCAUCAUGAGGACGACAGGUGAAUGCCUCAGUGCGGAGACCAUUGAGGCUGGUGGGAAGACACACACGGCCUUCGUCUUCGUGAAGCCCCAUGCGGUGUAUGAGAAGGUGAAGACCAUGGUGAAAGAGAAGCUAACCGCUGAGGGCAUGACGAUCAAGUCGGAGGGCCAAAUCAAGUCGACCAUCAUCGACAAGAAGAAGUUGAUCGACACCCACUACGGUGCCAUUGCGGCCAAGGCGGUGACGCUGAAGCCCAAGGACUUGACCGUGCAGGAGAAGUCGCAGGAGGAAUUCGAGAAGCAGUUCGGCGUGAAGUGGAGCAAAGUCAUGGAGGACGGACUGGUCUUCAACGCCAUGGACGGUGCGAAGAAGCUGGGCAUCACGGCCGAUGAGUUGGGCAAGAAGUACGAUGCGCUCAAGAAAGGGGAGGGCAUCAUCAAGUUCGGAGGCGGCUUCUACUGUGGAAAGGUGGAUGACAUCUAUGUCAUCAAUGGCUUCUACAUGAACAUGCGCUCGAAGUUCACCGCUCCUGGCACCAGCAUUUACUACUACGAGGUGGAAUGGCCGGCAGAGAAGAUGUCCUGGGCCGACUUCCGUGGAAAGCUGCUGGGCCCCACAGAUCCUGCCAGCGCGCCGGAGGGCUCCCUGCGCCAGAUGAUCUACAGCAAGUGGUCGGAGCUGGGAUUGCCGGCGCGGCCCGACACCGGCGACAACGGCGUGCACGCCUCGGCGAGCCCCUUCGAGGCGCUGGCCGAGCGCUGCAACUGGCUCCGGGCGUCCAUUUCAAAGGAUGCCUUCGGCAAGGGCCUGCUCGCCAGCGGCAUCCCCUUGCCCAUGUUGACCAAGGAAUGGUUCAACGAUCCUCAAGUGGACUUCGAGGGUGGAAAGAAGUCCUUGUUUGACCUCUUGGAGGAUUUGGACGCGGCUGCAUGCUUGAAGAAGUGCAAGGAUAUUGCAGCUGCGAACAAGAAGCGCAGUCGUGGAGGCCAGCAGGUCAGCGGCUGCGGCUGUGCCCUGGAUGGUUUGGAGUUUACUGUAAUUGUCGUGGGAACGAGGUUGGAACAGAUGCCAGUACGAGCAGCUCUGAUCCACGAGAGGACUCCGUCCUCGCACCCAAAGUCAGGUUUCCGCCUUCAGGUUCACCAGCACCGCGCGGUGCUUCACCGCGCCGCUCGACCGUCUUCCCACAUGGACAAGGUGGCGCCGGUGCUCGGUGGCCUCGCUGGCCUUUGGGCCGCUUACAAGAUCAUUCCGGUGAUGUACCGUUGGGAGCUCAUCCCUGGCGUGGCCUCAGAGGACUGUCACGAGCUCGUGAUCGGAGUGGUGGGCUCGAGCGAAGACGACGCCUGGACGGCAGAUCGGGCGGUGGACGGAGCGACCAGUGGACUGGGGGUUGGGCUGAUUAACUACCACCACUACUCCAAUGGCAUCGUCUACUCCCAGUUCGACAAUGGCGACCCGGUGCGCGAGAUCCCGGAAGCCAGCCGCGGCAAGAUGCUGUUGCGGCAACGUCGUGGCGGUUGGAAGUUGCAAAGCGAGAUGGAGCUCGGUCGAGGAGCUCGCGUGCGCUUGCACGGCCUGCAAGCCAAGCCCGAGCUCAAUGGCAAGGAGGGCACCUGUCUCGAGCGGAAGGCAGACACGGGACGAUGGCUGGUGGCCAGCCCAGUGGUGUGA